UAUCCGAAACAAUAGAUGGACGGCGUGGAUAAAACACAUUGGUGGGCCCGCCGAGCAGUCUCGGUAGCCACCUCGCUACUGGCAGGGUCAGCCCUCAGCAGGCGAUCUGCGUCCUGCCCAACCCGCACUCUCUCCCUCUCUCCCAUAUUCAAAAACCCUAGCUUAAAACCCCGAAACCCGCCUUCCUCCGUCCAUCUCUCCUCCGACUACAUGGGCUUCAGAUCCGUUCGUCUUCUCCAAAUCUCACUAAGAUCAACGAUCCAGAAUCCCUUCUCCCUCACUCCCCUCCAUGCCUUCUGCUCCAAUGCCCCCACAACCGAAACCCCCGCAUCCGAGCCGUCCAUCACGCCCGAUUCUGCCCCAUCUUCUCUCCAGUCCGAAAACCCCAACCCUGCAAGACCCCUCCGAGGCGCGAACCGCCGGCCCCCAGAAAAGCCAGAGGAUCUCGUCUGCCGCAUGAUCGCCAGCCGCCCGUGGACUACCCGUCUCCAGAACUCGAUCCGGAACGUCGUCCCCGUCUUCGACUCCUCCCUCGUCUACAACGUCCUCCACGGCCUCCGCACCGCCGACCAGGCCCUCGAUUUCUUCCGAUGGGUCGAGAAGACCGGCUUCCACCACGACCGGGCCACCCACGCUAAGAUUGUUGAGCGGCUCGGCCGCGUCUCCAAGCUCAACCACGCCCGCUGCAUCAUCUUCGACAUGCCAAAGCGCGGCCUCGAUUGGGAUGAGGACCUCUUCGUUGUCCUCAUUAACAGCUACGGUAAGGCCGGGAUCGUCCAGGAAUCGGUCAAGAUCUUUGACAAGAUGAAAGAAUUGGGUGUGGACCGCACGAUCAAGUCAUACAACACGCUCUUCAAGGCAAUCCUGCGGCGCGGGCGGUAUAUGAUGGCGAAGCGCUACUUCAACAAGAUGCUGGCAGAGGGGGUGUGGCCCACCCGACACACUUACAAUAUCAUGAUCUGGGGUUUCUUCCUUUCACUGAAGAAGGAGACUGCGCUCCGAUUCUUUGAAGAUAUGAAGAGCCGUGGGGUUGUCCCGGAUGAGGUGACUUACAACACGUUGAUCAACGGGUGCUGCCGGUUCAAGAAGAUGGAUGAAGCCGAGAAGUUUUUGGAUGAGAUGAAGGGCCGGGAUUUGGUGCCAAAUGUGAUUACUUACACGACGAUGAUCAAAGGGUACAUAUCUGUUGGCCGCAUUGAUGACAGUCUGCAGUUGAUCGGUGAGAUGGGCUCAAAUGGGAUUAAGCCCAAUGCAACAACGUACUCGACAGUGUUGCCGGGGUUGUGCGAUGCGGAGAAGAUGGUCGAUGCGCGGAAGCUAUUGAAAGAGAUGGCAGAGAGGUAUAUCGCCCCUAAGGAUAAUUCAAUCUUCUUGAGGUUGAUGUCUUGUAUGUGCAAGACCAUGGAUUUUGAUGGGGCUGCGGAAGUGCUCAAAGCGAUGAUCCGAUUAAGCAUCCCAACUGAAUCAUCGCAUUAUGGGGUAUUGAUUGAAGGAUUCUGCAAGGAAGGGAUGCAUGAUAAGGCUGUUAAGAUGGUGGACAAGGUGCUUGAGAAGGGGAUUCUAUCGGGUCCGUCCGAGAUGGAAUCAACGGCUUAUAAUCCGAUGAUUGAGUAUCUUUGCAGCCACGGUGGCACGAAGAAGGCAGAGACGUUUUUUCGGCAGUUGAUGAAGAAGGGUGCUCAGGAUGAGAUCGCAUUUAACAAUCUGAUUCGUGGGCAUUCAAAGGAAGGGACACCCGAAUCAGGUCUCGAGCUUCUUAAGAUCAUGGAAAGGCGGGGUGUUGCGUCAGAUAUCGACAGUUACGGUUUGCUUGUGGAGAGCUUCUUGAGAAAAGGAGAGCCAGCAGAUGCAAAGAUGGCAUUGGAUGGUAUGAUCCAGAGUGGGCACCUUCCCAGCCCAUCACUGUUUAGAUCAGUGAUGGAGGGUCUGUUUGAUGAUGAGAGGGUCCAGACAGCAAGUCGGGUGAUGAAUAGCAUGAUAGAGAAAGGGGUGAAAGAGAACAUGGACAUGGUUUAUAAGAUCUUGGAGGCCCUUCUCUUGAGGGGCCAUGUUGAAGAAGCGCUCAGCCGGAUUGAUCUCUUGAUAAAUAACUGCUGUGUUCCUGAUUUUGAUAGACUUCUAACUGUUUUGUGUGAGAAGAAUAAGACAGCUGCAGCUCUCAAGUUGUUAGAUUAUGGUUUGGAGAGGGAUUGCAAUAUUAGCUUCUCAAGCCAGGAUUGGGUGCUGGAUACCCUUCUCUCAGCUGGGAGGACACUCAAUGCAUAUUCGAUACUGUGUAAGAUCAUGGAGAAGGGAGGGGUGACGGAUCGAAGCAGCUGUGAGGAUCUGAUCAGAAGCCUCAAUGCUGAAGGGAAUACGAAGCAAGCUGAUAUUUUAUCAAGGAUGGUCAUGGGGAAUAAGCCUUUGGGUGGCAAGAGAGGGAAGAAAAUUGGGGGAGUGUGAAUUGAAAUGAAUUUUGUUCUUGGGUUUCUCCUUCUAUCUAAAGUUCUUAGUUUCCAAUCUAUUUGAGGAUGGAUUGAUAUUCAAGUUUGAUUUUUGAGGUGCCAUUUCAAGAAAAAAAAAUGCUGUAGGAUCGAAAUUUUCUCAAGGGUAAUUUUAGGUUGAUGUUGCGCAUUGACAUAUUUUGUUGUAUGAUCUUGACUUGUCACUCAACGAUGAUCUUUUUUCUACCAUCUCAAA